CAGGGCGUCUCGGGCGCAGCUUCAAAUAUCAGUAAGCGCGAAUACAUCUACUUUCUCCCAUACCCCCUCCCACCCGGCACCGAGGUCCCCUACUCCAUCCACCUCCCCGAGAAAAACCCACUGAACCUUCCCUCGCACCAAUUCGAGCCUACAAACACCCUCGUUCUCACCAGUCCCCUCCGCACCUUCGUCGACAUCCGCGUCUACAAAGCCUUCACCACAUCCACCGCCUCCGCCCCCAACAGCGUCGACCAAAGCUCCCAGCAACGCCUCGAAUGGGCAUUCGCCGGUACCUCGACAUCAGUGCCUAUCCAGCCGUCCGGCGCAUCCCACGGCGGCACCCAAAAGCCACCGGAAGACGAAGAGUGGGAAAACGUAACGCAUUCUACAUGGAAGCACUGGCUCGAUUCACGCUACAGCGUCGGUGAUCCCAAUAUUCCUGUGGAUGAGGGUGAUAUGUAUCCCCUGUCUGAAGAGCUGACACUUGAAGUGGGACAUGCGUAUCAUCCAGCGCUUGAGGCGGUGAAGACGCACGAGGAGAUGUGGAGGGAUGAGGAGAUUAAGUCGACGUCUUUCCCUGCGACCGGCACUGGGGGCAAGAAACUUUGCGUUGUACUGCGGUGUCAUGAUGAUGCUGCGGGGGUUCGAGGCGUCAUUGUGUGUGUGGGACAGUAUGUACAGGGUAUACUGAUGCAGGGGGAUAAGACGACAGUGGAGCGCUGGGAGUGGGCGGCGGAGAAUGAAGGGGCGGACGAAAUGGCCAAGUGGCAGAGGACAGUGAGGAUUGGCGAGGCGUUUUUGCCCUGUGCUGUGUGUUUCCGGGAUGCGGUUUUAGCGGUGGGAGGCAAGGUGCGGUUUGGGGAGUUUGAAUGGGUAGUUGAGGAAGUUUGGGGGUGG